UAUGUUGAAAUUAAAAGCAGAACUGAAAAUGGCUCCAACAAACUCAGACAUGAUUUGGGGUGAAUCAAUCAUGUCAAGUAAGUGCAACGACAACAUGAGAAGAAGGUUCAAUGAUGAGCAGAUUAAGUCAUUAGAAAACAUGUUUGAGACAGAGUCAAGGCCUGAAUUGAGGACAAAACAGCAACUGGCUAAAAGGCUUGGACUGCAGCCAAGACAAGUAGCUAUAUGGUUUCAGAACAAGAGAGCUAGAUCGAAAUCGAAGCAACUUGAAUUGGAGUAUAGAAUGCUUCAAAUCAGUUAUGACAACUUAGGUUCCAAGUAUGAAUUACUCAAAAAAGAGCAUGAAUCCCUCCUCAUCCAGCUGCAGAGACUUAAAAAGUUAAUGGAAAAGGAUGACAAUGAGAAAGAUGUGAAUAAAAAAUCAGAAACGGAAGUGAAACAAGAUGAUUUUGCACCAGAAUUUGGCAGCAGGGGAAUUGACUACUUGAGAGCAGAAUCUGAUAUUUUAGACAUGGCACAAAUAGCUGAUGGCUUAUCGGAGAUUGAAAAUGAAUUCAACUUCGAGUCCAGAACGUUUCUUCAUGAUACUGGUUGUACAUCACCAUUGUGGGAAUUUUAGUGUUGAAACUUUGCUGUCUGUUACACAAUCUUUUUGUCAACCUAAAAUGAAUGAUGAAUAAUGACAUGUAAUAUAUUAAUAUGUACUGCCAAAUUAAAACUCAUACUUGUAUGCAUCUACAAAAUCAAAGAUGGUUUAAACAAA